AUGUCUGAUGAGGAUGUCAAUAAUAACUCUAUUAUCAUGAAAUAUUCUAACAACUUUUCAAACCUACAAGUUCAAGAAUUUUCUAGAAAUACAUUAGAACAAUUAUAUAAAAACAUCUGUAAUACAUAUGUGAUAAAAACAAAAGUUGCACCAAGUACUGUUCUUGAUGAGGAUCUUGGAUUAAAAGAGGCAAAAAAGGCUGUAGCAAGAUUAUUCGCAAAUUCUUUUGAAGAUCCUGCUGAUGAGAAAACAUUUAAUAGAAUACUUCCAAUAUUACAUUCUUUCUUUCAUGAUGCAUCAAUACAUCCAGCCACAUGGCCAAAUGCUGCCAGUGUGAGUGCAAAGAUCUGUAAACUUGCUAAUAUGGAUCCUUCAUGGGCAAAACAACCAAAUAUAAUUGAUAAAGUUGUUAAUAACAACAAAUCUAAAUAUGAAAUGAUGUUUAGAGGAAUUAUGGGAGAAGAAAAAAACAACAAUUUGAAAAAAAUAACUUGA